UUCUCUCAGACAAGAUGGCGUCCUGCAGUGCCAGAGGAUUGCUGCUAUCUCCGUGCCUUAAUGGACGUGUAUUUCAUUGCCUGAAGAACAGCUUUCUCAAUCAAUUUUCCGUGAAGAAUCAUGGGAAAAUAUUGUCAAGUCACACAAUUCAAAGACAUUUUUCAUCCAAAGAUGAGACAGAACAGCCAUCCAAUCGCAUUGGAGGUAAACACACCCUAACUAUGAUCCCAGGCGAUGGUGUUGGACCAGAGCUUUGCGAGUCGGUGAAGAUGGUGUUCACUGCCGCUGGUGUUCCUGUUGAGUGGAAUGAAAUUGCUGUCAGCGAUAUUGGAAGUUAUGGAAGCAAACAUUCCUUGUUAGAUGUAGCAAACUCUCUGAAGAAAACAGGAGUUGCCAUCAAAGGUGCACUGACGACUCCAACAAGCAUCAACAGCCAGGAUAUCUUGUCUCUCAAUCAGAAAAUGAAAAUUGACUUGGAUUUAUUUGCCAAUGUUGUCCAUUGCAAGUCAUUUCCUGGCUUUAAAACAAGGCACAACAACAUUGAUGUGAUAAUUGUCAGAGAACAGACUGAAGGAGAAUAUACAAGUUUGGAACAUGAGACUGUCCCAGGUGUUGUGGAAAUGAUUAAAGUAAUCACAAGAAAAAAAUCGGAAAGAAUUGCAAAGUUUGCAUUUGACUAUGCCACAAUGCAAGGAAGAAAAAAGGUCACAGCAAUACAUAAAGCAAAUAUCAUGAAAAUGGCAGAUGGCUUGUUCUUGAAUACAUGUGAAGAGGUCUCAAAACUAUACCCAAAAAUCCAAUUUCAAGGAAUGAUCGUUGACAAUGCCUGCAUGCAGAUGGUUUCCAACCCUCAACAGUUUGAUGUUCUUGUUGUUCCUAAUUUGUAUGGGAAUAUUAUUGGUAAUGUUGCUGCUGGUCUUGUUGGUGGUGCUGGUGUUGUUCCUGGGAAGAGUAUUGGUAGUCAGUUUGCCAUUUUUGAACCGGGUGCAAGGCAUACAUAUGCUCAAAUGGCUGGAAGGAAUGUGGCAAAUCCUACAGCUAUGUUGCUCUCAGGAGCAAACAUGUUAGAUCACAUCAACCUAAAGCUUCAUGCAAGAACUGUACGCUCUGCGGUUGAGAGAACGAUAAGCACUGGAAAGUGUUUACCAAUGGAUAUGGGAGGAAGCGCAAGCACAUCAGAUUUUGUUCAAGCUGUGAUUGACAAUAUCUACUGAAAAAUUAUGUUCCAUCUUGACCCCAAUGAACAAUCAAUCAUUCAAAGGGAAAGGGUUAAGGUACCAGCUCACUCUUGCAAGUUUGCAAUUGGCUUGAGGAUAUUAAGUGCAGGACACAGUCAAAAAAGCCAGGUUGUGAGAGUAAUAUAAU